UGAGCCGAAGGCAGACGCCUAACCCACUGAGCCACCCAGGCACCCCUCAAAGUGUCACAUUUUGGAACAACGCUUUUGAGUUUUCAUGAUGUGUUUCGUUGCAGUUCUCAAAAGUUCAGAUGUGUUUACGAAUGAGAUUUGAACAACACGUUUAGGGACGGAAGCUGGGAGCCCUGCAGGCACAGCAUGGGCGGUGCUGGGACCCCGGGCCAGUGCGAGGUGUGGCCAGGCUCCUCGGGCUCUCCAGGGCCACUUCUCCACGUUCAGAGCAGAAGCACAGAGCGCCACCGUGUCUGCCAGCUGUGACCACUGAGCAGGCUGUGUUGGUGAGGUCAUGGAGGCCUGGCUGCGUGUCAUGGCCUUUUACCUUCCUCAUCACUCAGAAAAGAGGCCAUUCGUGUGGUUCUUCUAGAGCUCACGGGAGUCCUUUGAUGGAUUAGUGCAGUGAGUUCAGUCGGCCAGAAAGCCGGGCCCGGCUUCCAGCAGAUGGAACGCCCGCGACUCCCGGGCGCUGAGGGAGGCGGCUCCGUGCAGUCUUAAAGAGAGGAGAGCGUCACCCAUAGCCCUUGUACCCUGUCACGAUGGGGUUUGUUUCUCUCUUACUUUUUCCCGUCCGUGUGAAACACGCUUGUGAGGGUGGAGUCCUUCUUGUGUUGUUUCACUUAACGAGUUGAACGUGAAACAGGCGUGAAGCGUGUCUCGUUGCUGUGGUUGGCGUUACUUAAAGGUAAAAGUCUCCAUCUCACGUAGUCCAUAGAGCAGUGACUGUCAGAUCAUUGAUGGGUCGUGAAAUUGGUUUCGUAGCGUGCCCCGAAGAAAGGCGGGACGCGCAGGGUGUCUCCCCUGAGAGUAAGCGCACGUGGACAAGUCCUUUGCUCGGUCAGUGCUUGUCGUGCAAACGUGGCCUUGAAGACUGUGGGCUGAGGACGUCCUCCCACCUCGGUCGCCCUGGCCAGCACUGUGCAUGCGCCCGUGAGCUCUCAGGCUCUUGGGUUAGCUUUUCCACCAGAGGGCCUAUUGAUGGUACCUUCUAGUGCCUACGUGUCUGUGUCCUGACGGCUGGAGAGAAUGACAUCCCCUCGUCGUCAAAGGGACUGACAGAUGGUGUGGGGGCCCAGACACGCCCACACGUGCUGACGGCGUGUGACCAGCGAGAGGGGCUCUUGCUGUCCUGCUGAGCGGCCGCGGGCACCACCCCCCACCCCCGUCUGCCCAGUGGUCAGAGGAGUAACGGCCGGUUAUAGAGCUAGAACCUGUGUGUUCUGCCUUGCCAGCCCGGGCAGGCCUGACAGAUCCAGAAGCCUUCGUUGGAAGGCGGUUUGCCCAGUAGAUGGGAGACAGGGACACACUGUCGCUGCUUCCUGUGCUGUCCGGACGGCUCAGGACAAUGAAGACAGACUUACAGGCGUAGGCAAGAGGCCUAUCCUUUCAGAACAUCCUGGUUUGAAAGUUGUUGUGCUCCCCUCGCACAUGCGGGAGAAGACACAGGGAUGUGUUUCCAGGGGCAUUUGGGGAAGGAAGCUGUUUGGAGCGUUGGUGGCGGGGCUGGGCAGCUCGGAGUGAACACUGAUUCAUGCUCGGGUUGCUGGGUCCUUGUCCUUUGCUCGGGGUUGGCAGGGCCAGUUGAUUUUGAAAUACUGGACGUUGAACAGUGUGUGCCGUGCAAGGGCUCGGAAGGCCGUGGAAGCCUGUCCCCUGUCCAGCUCGUGCGUCCUGGUUGCCUUACCCCAGCAGCCUUGCCAAGGCCUGGGGGAUAGCAAAGGGCAGCUCCCAAAUGAGAGGGACCUGGUGACGGUGGCUGGAGAGCAGAGCAGUGGUGCCAGGCGGGCUGCAUGCCUCCUCGGGGGUGACACUGGAGAGGCCGACGUCUAGAGUGGCCGCCUCCUGGCUGCUGCCUGGGACUGGGCACGGGCCGGUCAGAUUUCCCGCCGGCCGACUGUCGGAAGUUUGGGCUAGUCAGGAAGGUGCAGGCAUCAAGGACAGAGGAUGGCCGGUGUUGGCGGGAAGGUGGCAUCCGGCGUGCGCUCUGCCCAUGGGUCACGGCAGAGUGGGCUGGGUGACCUUGAGGGCGGCCGGUGGGUGUGGAGGCUCCGGGUGGGCGUGCUGAGCCUCGGCCCUGUGCGUGCGUCGGUUGGGCUGGCGGCUCCCGGUUCCUCCGGAGUGCUGGGUGCCACUCCUCCACCCUCCACCGCCGUUCAGCCCAGACCCCUCACUGCCGGGCAGGGGCUGUGGCCCCGCCGUUGGGGCCCGUCCAAGGACCCCCCCCACCCCGUGACCUGCUCUCUGUUCUUCCCCAGGGCGCGGCGGUGCGCGGCUCUCAUGGCUGCGGCCGGCGCGACCCCUCCCGGCUCCCUAGACCUGCUGCAGCCCGGCUUCUCCAAGACCCUCCUGGGGACCAAGCCGGAGGACAAGUACCUGUGCUCGGCCUGCAGGAACGUGCUGCGCAGGCCUUUCCAGGCACAGUGCGGCCACCGCUACUGCUCCUCCUGUCUGACCAGCAUCCUCAGCUCCGGGCCUCAGAACUGCGCCGCCUGCGUUCACGAGGGCAUAUAUGAGGAAGGCGUCUCUAUUUUGGAAAGCGGUUCGGCUUUCCCAGACAACGCUGCGCGCAGGGAGGUGGAGAGCCUGCCGGCUGUCUGUCCCAGUGACGGCUGCACCUGGAAGGGGACCCUUAAAGAGUAUGAGUGCUGGGCUUUUGCCCCAACAGCCAAGCCUGUGGCACGGGUUGGAGACACGGCCAGCAUGUUCCCCGCCCGGGAACAGCGCGUCUCAGGCCCUCCUGCUGCCUUCAAAUGCACCACGGCCAAGCUUGCGGGGGAAGCCCUGAAGACCCAGUCCCUCCGGAGGGCACCGCGCCCCAUGGCUGCCCCAGCCCAGAGCUCUGUGCAGAUGCUGAGCCCACGGCAGACGGCUUCCUCCUGCUCUGGACCAGUCCAGAACUUUCCUCUCACGAGCUGCCAUGAAGGACGCUGCCCGUUCACGCUGACCGAGUGCCCGGCGUGCAAAGGCCUGGUCCGCCUUGGGGAGAAGGAGCGUCACUCAGAGCACGAGUGCCCGGAGAGAAGCCUCAGCUGCCGGCACUGCCGGGCGCCCUGCUGCUGGGCAGACAUGAAGGCGCAUCACGAAGUCUGUCCCAAGUUCCCCUUGACUUGCGACGGCUGUGGCAAGAAGAAGAUCUCACGGGAGAAAUUCCAGGACCAUGUCAGGGCGUGUGGCAAGUGCCGGACCCCGUGCAGGUUCCAUGUCGUCGGCUGCCCCGAGUUGGUGGAGAGCGAGAAGCAGCAGCAACAUGAGGCCCACUGGCUCCGGGAGCACUUGGCCAUGCUGCUGGGCGGCCUCCUGGAGGCCAAGCCCCUCUCUGGGGCAGGGGGCCACUUCCUGAGCCAGAGCGAGGUGGGGGGCUGGGAAGCCAGCACGCUGCACCCCGAGGCAGGGCUCCCCAAGGCUGCGGAGCUGCAGCAGCGGUGCGAGGCCCUGGAGAGGAAGACCGCCACCUUUGAGAACAUCGUCUGCGUCCUGAACCGAGAGGUGGAGAGGGUGGCCAUGACCGCCGAGGCCUGUGGCCGGCAGCACCGGCUGGACCAGGACAGGAUCGAGGCCCUGAGUAACAAGGUACAGCAGCUGGAGAGGAGCAUCAGUCUGAAGGACCUGGCGAUGGCGGAGCUGGAGCAGAAGGUCCAUGAGAUGGAGGCGACCACCUUCGACGGCGUGUUCAUCUGGAAGAUCUGUGACUUCGCCAGGAAGCGGCAGGAGGCCGUGGCCGGCCGCACGCCCGCCAUCUUCUCCCCAGCCUUCUACACGAGCAGGUACGGCUACAAGAUGUGUCUGCGCAUCUACUUGAACGGAGACGGCACCGGGCGCGGGACACACCUGUCACUCUUCUUUGUGGUGAUGAAGGGCCCCCACGACGCACUCCUGCGCUGGCCCUUCAACCAGAAGGUCACCUUAAUGCUGCUCGACCAGAACAACCGGGAGCACGUGAUUGAUGCCUUUAGACCCGACGUGACCUCAUCCUCUUUCCAGAGGCCAAUCAGUGACAUGAACAUUGCCAGUGGCUGCCCCCUCUUCUGCCCUGUCUCCAAGAUGGAGGCCAAGAACUCCUACGUGCGCGAUGAUGCCAUCUUUAUCAAAGCCAUCGUGGACCUGACGGGGCUCUAGCUGCCUCUCCCCAGGGUCGGGUCGGGGGUCAGGAACCGUGGGGCUGGCGGCUCGGUGUGGGAGCCACCAUGCAGGGCCUGAGCCUCGUGGUGGGUGGGCACCUGCUGUGUUCACAUCCCACUGGGAAGGGGCCGCCCUGGGAGAGGCUGCUCCACUCAGGCCCCGUGGAGUGGGCUGCGGGCCUGCCAGGAGCUGGCGGCGGGCCGGCCGUGCGGGCGCUCGGGGCAGGGGGAGCCAAAGGGCAAGGGGAGCCGGCACCGUGUCCCGCCCUUCGGCCUGGAGAGAAGGGACGUUCUCAGGCCUGGCCACUACUCUGAGGAGAGGUCCUGCUGUGCAGGCCUGGCCAGGCCAGCGGGCAGGGAGGGCACUCCCGUGUCCUCGGGGCAUCCUUUUGGCCGCCCUGUGGUGAGUGUGGGGUGUGCACUCGGCCCUGCGACGAGACAGGAUGGGUCGGCUGCCCCGUUGGGCUGUGGAGAAGUCGUUAUUAAACUGUUAAAUCUCUGG